AUCCACUCUGACCCGGAAGUUUUUCUAAAUGGUAACAAACAAGAAGAUGUGUCGGUAGGCGUUCUGUAAGCUGCUAACCAAGGCGGAAAGUUGCAAUAUUCUAUCAAACCACACACCUUAAGGUUAUACACAAUGUGCGUUUUCUUCGUUUUAAAUGCGAAGGUCGGCGCGUCAGCGUUGUUUCGUUUGUGAAAUUCGAAUGUUGCCUGAAUACGGAAGCGAGUUAGCUUAGCAUCGCUAAACCAACACAGGGCCAGAGACUUAAGGGACUCGUAGGUGUUCGGUUCCCAACUACGUCCCUUAGUGGUCGAAGCACAGUCGGGAAUGUUGCUACACUUGAUCAACACGAAAACAACUUCCUGCUAAUAGAAAAAAGUGUAUGCGGAAGCAUUUUUUCAGUUGUUUAAUAUCACCAGAUUAGUUGAAGAGAGAAGUGCAGACAUGGACGAUUUCAGCUCCAUUAGCCUGUUGUCUAUUGCGAUGUUGGUGGGAUGUUACGUGGCUGGUACAAUACCUUUAGCGGUCAACUUUUCAGAGAGAGACAGGUCCUGACGGUCAUUUUAGACCCUGCUUUUGUUCUCUAGUCAUGGUAGCAUCUCAUCUUCAGAGGCCGGCGAGACUAAAAUCCCUCCAUGCAGGAAAGACUGAAGCUGAUCACAGUGCUGGGAGCUGGGCUCCUCUGUGGAACUGCACUCGCUGUCAUAAUUCCUGAAGGAGUCCAUGCACUUUAUGAAGAAAUCCUUGAAGGAGGACACCACAGUCACGAUCCAGCCGGCUCUGUGGAGGCCUCGCAGGCUAAGCUUGAAGCAGAAGCUGUCAGCGGGACUCAUGAACACAGCCAUGAACAGCUUCACGCCUGCAUCGGUGUCUCUCUGGUCCUGGGUUUCGUCUUCAUGCUACUGGUGGAUCAGAUUGGCAGUUCUCACGUGCACAGCACUGAAGAUCCAGAGUCUGCACGAGUCACUUCUUCAAAAAUCACCACCACACUGGGUCUCGUGGUUCACGCUGCAGCGGAUGGAGUCGCACUUGGAGCUGCUGCCUCCACCUCCCAGACCAGCGUUCAACUCAUUGUUUUUGUGGCCAUCAUGUUACAUAAGGCACCAGCAGCAUUUGGCUUGGUGUCCUUCCUGAUGCAUGCUGGUCUUGAACGGAACCGCAUUCGCAAACAUCUCCUGGUCUUCGCUCUGGCAGCUCCUGUCCUCGCAAUGAUCACAUUCCUAGGCCUCAGUCAGAGCAGCAAAGAAGCCCUGUCAGACAUUAACGCCACAGGCGUGGCAAUGCUCUUCUCUGCUGGCACCUUCUUGUACGUGGCCACCGUCCAUGUCCUUCCUGAGGUGGGGGGUGGGGGCCACAGCCACUCCCCCGCAGGAGGCAAUGGAGGAAAGGGACUGAGCAAAGUGGAAGUGGGAGCUCUGGUUCUGGGCUGCCUCAUCCCUCUGGUUCUGUCCGUGGGCCACCACCACUAGACUCUGUUGAACAGAGAAGGACACGCAGAACCAGAGACGUCGGAACUACUUGGAUAGAAACGUCUUAACCCCUGUCUUCAGCCGGAACUUCUGGAUCAAACCAGUCUUCUGAAGAACCUGACCCAGAACUGAUGCAGAACAGUGGACAGUGUCAGAAAAACCAGUUACUCCAGCGGAAACUAAGACAAACAACAAACAAACAAACAAACAAACAAAC